CACGCGACGCCCAUGCCAGCCACACCUGUUCGACCACCUGACCCGCGCGCGCCCUGAUGGCUCCCGCGCUCACCUCCAACCCGCCCUCCUUCCGUCCCCUCACGUCCCCACUCCGCCGUCGUGCCGCCACCGUCCCAUGCCGCGUCGGUAAGCCCGGCAAGGACUCCUCCGCUGCGGAUGACGCUACCGGCCCCAACAAGAGGCCCAACCUCUUCGCGGACUUCGGGAAUGCCAAGUCGCUCAUACAGGCGUUCCCGUCGCAGUCGCUGUUCGCGGGCGGUGGCAGGGGCAGGAAGGACCCGCAGACGGUGUUCGUCGCAGGCGCCACAGGGCAGGCCGGGGUCCGCAUCGCGCAGACCCUGCUGCGGCAGGGGUUUGCCGUGCGCGCUGGUGUCCCGGACCUAGCGUCGGCGCAGGAGCUAGCGCGGCUGGCGGCGGCAUACCGGCUCAUCUCCCCCGCGGAAGCGCGGCGGCUGAACGCGGUAGAGGCGGGCUUCGGUGACCCCGACGCGAUAGCCAAGUCCAUCGGCCCCGCCGCGAAGGUGGUGGUCACCGUCGGCUCGGCCGAGAAAGGGCCAGAAGGCGGAGGCGUCACCACCGACGACGCGCUCCGAGUGGUGCGGGCCGCAGAUCUCGCCAGCGUGGCGCACGUGGUUGUCGUGUAUGACGAGGGGGCGGCCAGCGGCGGCCUUGGCGGCGGGGGCUCCACUUACAAUGUGCUCGACGGCUUCACGUCCUUCUUCUCCAACCUCUUCUCGCGAGAGCAGCAGGCGCUGACGCUGAGCCAGUUCUUGGCCAAGGUGGCGGAGACCGAUGUCAGGUAUACACUGGUGAAGGCUUCACUCACCGACGACUAUACCCCUGAGAGCUACUACGCCCAGCUGGUACUCACGAAGGAGGGAGUAUCGCCUAGCGACACAGGCAAAGUGUCAAGGUCACAGAUUGCAGCCCUUGUAGCUGAUGUCUUCUCCAAUGUGGCAGUCGCUGAGAACAAAGUCGUCGAAGUUUCAACUUCCUCGUCAGCAACAGCAAAGAACAUAGCCGAGGCUUUCACAGCUAUCCCUGAAGACAGAAGAAGAACAGAGUACCUAGAAGCUGCUGCGAAAGCACAAGCCGAAGAGGAAACGUUGGCCUCAGAACGAGCUAAUAAAAAAGCCGAAGCGGCUGCCAGUAAAUCUGAAGCCGACACGAAGACGACACCUUCAGAGGAGGCAGCUGCUACUCCUAGCGCGGUGAACGGGGCUCAGGCCUCUCUAGAGAACCUCUUGAGUAGAGCCAAAGUGAUCAGUGCGGAUUUCUCGUGGGAGAAGUUCAGCACACAGUUUGCCGACGUGACGACCCCUCUAACCUCAUCACUAGAGAAGGAACCCAACAAGGCACAGAUAGCCACUGUGCGAGGCCAGGAAAAAGCGAAGAAGCUGGCACCGCGGAUUGCUGUUGUGAAGCCAGCAGCGCAGAAGGCGAAGCAGCCGGAUCCCAAACCAGAAGUGAGAGCACUGUUUGGUGGCCUCUUCAAACAAGAAACGGUGUAUGUGGAUGAUGACUAAAACGAGGAGCGCCAAUUUAUCCUCUACGUGAUUUUCUUUCUUUUGUUUUUUUUGUUUGUCCAGUGCCUUGGUGUACUCUUGAAAUAGGAACGCUUAAAGUUGUACAAAAAUUGGCUAUAUAUAAGAACCAAUGAUCAUGUGUUAC